AUGGGCUCCAGCAAGGCGGCGUGGCUGACUGGGUUCUUCAUAUUACAAAUUUGUGGAUUCACUUGUCUUUUACUGGCAUUGGUGACUCCAAGUUGGCAAUAUGUUUAUCUAGAGGUUUGUUCUAGCUUUUUGGUUUCUGUAAAUUUGAUCUUCGAAUCAUUUAUCAGUAUAACCGUUUUAUUUUUGAUGACGUUGUAUCAAAUAAUUUUUUUUAGGAUGGCCGAACUGAACAUCAACAUGGCCUUUGGCUAGAUUGUAAACGUGAUUAUUCGAAUGAAUACGGCAGACCCCGUGAUUACUAUGAGACAUUGUAUAGGUAAGCAUCUGAUAACGCGUUCUGAGUCCUUGAUUGAUGACAUCUCCGUUUUAUUUGGAUUUAUUCCUCGCGAGAAGCCUCGUUUUCCAGAAAACGACCUUGAAUUCUUCUCUUCGAUCGAGGCGACUGGUCACUCUAAUAAAAUAAUGCCCAAUUUUUCAGAAGGGACCAUCUUCAAGGUCCAUUCGAUCAGUUCUGGCUCCCGGCGCUCCAAUGUGUUUACAAAUUCGAUUAUUGGCUGGACGAAGAAGACUGGUUUGAGCAUGGCUACGAUGAGAAUCGACUUCAAGGUGAUGCCUAUCAGCAUUUAUUUAUUGGUAAGUGUUUCAUUUUAUGUUCCUUUUUUAGUCAGUAAUCAAUCCGAGCUAAUUGUCAUCGCACAUGUCACGUUGCGUAAUCAUUCCUUUCAGGCUGGAAGAUCGCUGCUUUGACCGCCAUUUCUUUUGCCACUGUUCUCUCUCUGGCAGGGGUGAUUGUUUUAUUUUGGGCCUUCUGUCAUCGUACAUUGGUGUGUGUCACUGCCGUCCUUGUCGUUCUUUCCCUUUUCGGCUGUUCCAUCGGGAAUACCGUAUUUUAUUUCUUUGCCAACUAUCAGGACAAUAAUAUAAUCAAAGAAGAGGAUGGUAUCUACCAGCAAUGGUUCGGAUGGUCGUUUUAUUCAUCAGUUAUGGCCAACAUCUUCCUUUUCCUUGCAUCUUUUGUUGGAUGUUUCUCCACAAAAGCGACUUUAGGAAAGAAAAAGGCUCAACUUGUGAAAAUCGAGCUUCCCGAGGAAGACGACGAACGAUUGAUUAGACAGCUAGACAGUGUGGAAAACAAAUUUAAGCGGUCCAAGUCCGCCAUCUACAAGAUUGACUCCAAAGAAUUAAGAAAAUGGGAAAAAGAACAAAUGAAGAUCAUGCAAAAGGUAAGGCAUAAAAAUGGUGGAUUUUAUUCAAUAAAAUAUUACUCCUCUUCAGACGGCAUUCAAGAGAGCUAAUUCGAUGCCAAACAUAAAAAAGAUGGUGUCAAAACCGAGCUUGAAUUUGAUGUCGUCUACAUCAGAUAUCUCCAAGGCCGUCACCGAGCCAGCAACCGCCCCAAGGGUCAAUUUCUUUGAUUUGCCACACAAGGAGGAUGAUGAUGAUCUGAUUUAUGAAUAUGUGGAAGCAAACACUGUAUCAUUGAACUCAGACCGAACGUACAACAGCGGGUAAGAGUAGCUGGAGUAAUUAUAUUUUUUCUUAGCCCUCCUUUACCCAAGAGACCAACAACAUCCACAAAGUUGCCUGUGUAUGAUAGUGUGUUUGAUAACGCAGAAGAAGAGGAAUACCUUAAACCAAGGAGUGUUGCGUCAACCCCGGUGGGAAUAACUCCUCGUCCAGCACCGCUAAGAGGUAAAGAGUAUCAUCUACAGUAUUACAGUAUCUUUUUUCAGAAGUCCUAAGUCGCCAUGACAUUGAGAAACAUUUCGAACAGAGAACACUCCAUGCCGUCACUUCCAUGCCAUUCCAAAACAUCAAAAAGGCUGAUUCUACAGUUAUUGAAGGCAAACCAGUAAUAGCCCCAAAACCGGUAAGUUUAAGCUAAUAAAAAUAUUGUAUAACUACAGGGUGGGCCACUAUUUAGAUUUGAUCCUAGCUCGCGCUUUGCAGAAAAGAUUUUUAGAUCGACAGUCGGCAAAAAUUUGACACUUUAUGCCGAAUUUCGGCACGAAAAGUAUUGUGCCUCCUUCUACCGUAGAGAGUAAUACUCACACAAAAAAAUUUUUUUCGCACGAAACUAGCAAAAUUAUAGGCAAAAAGUGUUUUUCUUUCUGGCCGCUCUCUGCGUUUAGCGUACGAUGUAAAACAAAGAAAAUUUCACCCAAGAACUCGAAUUUUUCAAAACUUUGGGAAGGCAUACUAGUCCGUUCGUAAAGUCGCUGGAAUGUUUUCGGCGACAUGCACCCCGCGAAAUCGAAAGUUCACUUUGCACUGUGCAAAUUUUGGCUUUUUGCACAGUGCAAUAGGCUUUUUUGGGCUGUCGCCCGCACUCUGAGUUUUCGUGCACAGUGCGCGUCGCCGAAAUCAUUCCAGCGACUUUACGAACGGACUAGUAGAAAGGUCACUUUGAAACAAUUUUUUUUGAAAUUCAAUGGGUUGAAAAUGGCUGAUCUCAGGUCCAGAAAAAUCUAAUAUAAGAAGUUUUGAGUAACAAGAUUUUUUUUUAAUUAAAAAUUUUUUUUCUAGGCCCUACGGAGUUCUUUGAGGCAUUCAAAAGUACCUCCUACGUCUCAGCCUUCAGUUCAGAUAAAUACUUUUGCAUAUCGUGAUGAAGAGGGAAGGAUUCGGUGAGUAGUCACUCUCAAAUUAAGUUGUUUUAGAUCCCUUACUAACCUCAAUCUCUCUGUGGAACCAUCUGAAUCAUCAAGAACGUCAAGAGCGUUGUCCGAGAUCGGCCAACAAAGAUCUCAGCCAAAUAAUGGUCUUAAGGAGACCAACUUUGGAGUAGGGUAUGCACCAUCAGAGAAUGAUAGAUCGGUUGGAUCUAUGACUUAUCGGUUGGGGGACUCCCAGUUCGAUGCUGAAGACGACCGUUCCACAGUUUCGACUUCAAUUUCGGGUGGAUCGACCACCUUUAAAGCAUCCAGGAAAGAGUUCACAAUGGUCUAA